AUAAAUUAAAUAGAAAGACAGAUAAAGAAACGAAAGAAAUGAGCCAGAUCAAAUAUGCACCAAAGGUCGUGUUUUGGAUUUCGUUAUUCGUGAUUGUGUUUGCCUUCGUCGCCAUUACGUCGGAUUCGCUGGGCUACAAACUCCCAGUACUUGUUCCCGACACAAGGAACGCGUCCUUAUACGAUUUCUCCUACAAAAAGCCAUUCUAUGUGAACACGACAUCAGGAAAAAGUACUUUAACAGCAAGAAAUACAUUUCACAAAUCUUUUCAAAAUAACAUUUCUACAACUGCCAUAUCCGAUAUGACGACCACACUAGAAUCUAAUUCUCGUGCAGUCAUGAAAACGCACGUGGCGUUUCUGAAAGUCCACAAGCAGGGUCGACAACUAUGCAAAACCUGUUUUUCAGAUUUGGUAUUCGGCAUAAUUUAAAUAUUCUCCUUCCGAGAAGAGGCAACUAUCUAUAUUCACCGGGUCAGAAGCUACUAUUAAGGUCUGGUCAACACUACGAUAUUUUUACAUGCCACACCGUUUAUAACACGAAGUGGUUUAAAAGCCUACUUCCGGCAGAUGCGGUAAAUAUCGCCAUAGUCCGUGAGCCGGUCGAUAGAAUGAUCAGUUCAGCAUACUAUUAUAGGGAUAUUUUUGGUAUUAAAUACUAAAAAAGAAUUCCAUCUGGCAAUUUCAU